CAGAGUUUAGUACUUUUGCUUUAGUCUCUUUUAACGUUUCAUUGACGACGCACGUUUGAUAUUUUUUUUACAUUUAAGGCGAUAUCAGACUUACAAAUUGAUAAGGAUAUCGUUUUUGUCGGUUAGUGACAGACGAGAUUGUAAUUGUGUACUUGAUCUUCGUAAUAAAAAAAUGGCACAACAAAAACCAAUCUACGAUUAUCAUGAAGAAACACACGCUGAAAGACUUUCCCGUAAAUCAAAAGAAUCUCCUUUUAUGGUUUUCGGUCUGGCUGGAUUAGCGUCGGCAGUUGGGUAUGGCGUCUAUUCGUUCAGAAACCGCGGCAAGAUGAGCACCAGCGUUUAUCUAAUGCAGUUCCGUGUCAUCUCGCAAGGCAUCGCCGUCGGCGCCAUUACCGUGGGCAUGGCUUACACGCUUUACAACAACCACUUCAAUAAGCCUAGACCAAAUGCCAUCACUGGGAACGUAGCCAGUAUAGCAACACCUAAUGAGCAUUAAUACUAAAGUUAGGUUUUAAGUUGUGAUUACUGUGUAAUUUAUUUAUUACUUAAGGUAUUUAACGAUACACGUAAAUAAGUGUUACCUAUGUAAAUAUGAUGUAAAUUCGACAUUCGAUAUAUAUACGAAAUAAAAAACAAGUAUUACAAUUCAAUGUUAUUAUUGUAGUACAAUAAUAGGGAAUAAAACAUGUAACUUUUGAACUCUAUGUAUAGAAGAGUUAAAUGAAAUAAAAAUUAUAGAUUAUUUUCCAACAGACAGUAACAGCAACAUUAUUUAAAUUGUAAGCAUGUCUACAUUUAAGUCACUCCUCAUCCUAAGUGCUUGUUCAUAUCUAACCUCGAAGGAG